UAAGUUUGCUGCUCAUUAAAGCUACAUAUGAAGGCCCCUACUUUACAACAUAUUCAUGCAUCUCAUCACCUAUAUAUACCCUAAUCACUUCACUCCAUAGCUACCCAAAUUCAUAAUCCAACUUUAACCAAAAAAAAAAAAAACUUCAUUAUUCUUUAAACAUUUCUCAAAUAUGGGGUCCUUUGAUUUUUCCAAAACACCUUAUCCACUUCUUGUUCUUGUUUUUCUCUGCUUGCUCCAACUUACUUAUGGAACAAGAAACUUGUUUUCACUAUAUCAGCCACCUCCAAUGAGUCUUACGUACCAUAAUGGUGAUUUAUUACCUCCAAUGAGUCUUACGUACCAUAAUGGUGAUUUAUUAGAAAGUGAGCUAAAAAUAUCCAUUCUAUGGUACGGAAAAUUUUCACCUGCCCAAAAAUCUAUUAUUGUUGAUUUUCUUCGAUCUUUAAAUGCUUUUAAUAAAAUCGUGUCACGUAAAACACCCACGGUUACAAAGUGGUGGCAAAUUAUUCAAACCUACUUGACAAAAGCGGGUAAAAAAGAGACCCGUUUAGUUCUAUCCAAUCAAUUCACCGAUGAAAAUUGUUCAAUUGGAAAAACCCUAAAGAAAUCCCAAAUAUCUGAAUUGGCUCACUCAAAAAAAGGUGAAUUAAUUUUGGUCCUAACAGCCCAAGAUGUUGCAGUUGAAGGCUUUUGCAUGGGUAAUUGCGGGUAUCACCGGUCGGAUCAAGGGAAAAGAUCCGUUUUUAUAUGGGUGGGUAACUCGGCGACUCAAUGCCCCGGUCAAUGCGCGUGGCCAUUUCACCAACCUAUUUACGGACCACAAUCCGACCCAUUGGGUGCACCAAACGGUGACGUGGGCGUGGAUGGCAUGGUUGUAAAUAUUGCGAGUCUUUUGGCUGGAGUAGUAACGAACCCGUACUGGGACGGCUACUACCAAGGCCCGGCUGAAGCGCCGUUAGAGGCAGCUUCGGCUUGCGCCGGGUUGUAUGGUAAAGGGGCUUAUCCGGGUUAUGCGGGUGAGCUGCUUGUGGAUUCAAUAACCGGUGCAAGCUUUAAUGCACAUGGUACAAACGGAAGGAAGUAUCUCUUACCUGGGCUUUUUGAUCCAAAUAAAUCAGCUUGUUCAACUAUUGUCUAGGACUAU